GGAGGCCGGGCACCCCGCCCCGCUGCCGCCGGGGCUGGCUGCCCGUGGCCCGGCGCCUCUCAGCUCCUCUCCCGUGCAGUCAGCUGCAGCCGCCGCGACGAGGGAGGCUGAGCUAAGCCCGCCCCGCCGGACGUGGCCCCGGUAGCUGAGCAAGAGGCGGCGGGCGGAGAGGGGACGGGAAAGGGACAUGGCGGAGACCGGCUCCGUGCACGCCACCAGGUUCGAGGCGGCCGUGAAGGUGAUCCAGAGCCUGCCCAAAAAUGGUUCAUUCCAGCCAACGAAUGAAAUGAUGCUCAAGUUCUAUAGCUUUUAUAAGCAAGCAACCCAAGGACCCUGUAACAUUCCACGACCUGGAUUUUGGGAUCCAAUUGGUAGAUAUAAAUGGGAUGCUUGGAGUGCCUUGGGAGACAUGUCCAAAGAAGAAGCCAUGAUAGCCUAUGUUGAAGAAAUGAAAAAGAUUCUUGAGAGCAUGCCAAUGACGGACAAAGUGGAAGAGUUACUGCAAGUGAUAGGCCCUUUCUAUGAAAUAGUAGAAGAUAAAAAGAACAGAGGAUCUGACCUAACCUCAGUUCAAAUGGAGAAAGUCUCUAAGUAUUUGGAAGGCCUUAGCAAUGUCAUGAAUUCCACUCCAAAUAUAAAGGCUGUGAAUGGAAAAGCUGAAAGUAGUGACAGUGGAGCAGAGUCAGAAGAAGAAGGGCUUCGUGAAGAGGAGGAAAAAGAACUGCAGCUAAAUGACAAGGACUACAAGAAUGUGAAACCAGACUCAGCAGCUGCUAAGGAUUUGGAAAGCAUUGUUACCAAUGGCUGCUGCAAGGACAGCUUUAUCCCAGAGAUGCAGAAUGGCAUCCAGACCAAAUCUGCCCUGAAUGGCUUGAACCUGAAGGAAGAAGAACUAAAGAAAAUGGAGCAAAGCCUAGGAACAGUUAAUAACAGUGCUCACCAAGCUGCAAACGAUGAGAACACUGAAGAGGUCUCAGCAACUCAGCACUUAACCAGUGAUUCUGACAGUGAAGUUUAUUGUGACUCCAUGGAGCAACUUGGACUAGAAGAGCCCUUGGAGGUCAUCACGUCAGCUAAAGGACCUCUAAAGCAUUCAUCCCGUUUCUUGGACGUCGAGCACAGUCCUCCAUUAGAAAAUACAGAUUUACCAAGGCCUGCUUGCCUGACUUAUGGGAAUCUCCAACCUGGAAAUGCUGUAGAGGGAGCAGCUCAAGAAGAAGGUGAAGUCAAGUGUGGAGGAGAAGAUGGCAAAGCCAGCAAUGGAGGCCCUCACAAAGAGAAGAAAGGUGGAGAAAAAGCAGAUUUCUACAGUGUCAGAAGAGGGAGAGGGCACAGACUUCAGCCUCUAGGAGAUGGUUCCCAGGGUGGCCAGAUGGGUAGUGGAGGGGACGGAGAGCGCUGGGGAGCAGACAGAAUACCCAGGGGUAGCCUCAAUGAACAGAUUGCAGUCGUGCUGAUGCGGUUGCAAGAAGACAUGCAGAAUGUCAUGCAGAGGCUGCACAUGCUGGAGGUGGCUACAGCAUCACAGGCAAAAUCUGCAGCAGAACAGUCAAAUUCUGAGCCUGCCUCUUCUGCCAAGAAAUCAUCAUGGUGGCCCUUUGAAAUUUCUCCUGGAAUUUUAGCCUUUGCUGUUGUAUGGCCAUUUAUUGCCCAGUGGCUGGUGCAUGUGUAUCUCCAAAGGAAGCGAAGGUAAAGAAAACUGAACUGAGAAUUCAUGACUUUGCUUAAAGACUGCUGGAGAAGAUGGCCCUGGAAGGUGAAGGAAUUCUGAAAUCUCAUGGAACUGCAGAAUCUGGGAUGAUUCCUUCUGCUGUAGUAAUAUUUUGUACUACCUUUGAGCUAAACAUUGAAGGACUAACAUUAUUGAAACUUGAAUGAUUCACAGCUCCUAGGCUACAAAUAAUAAUUCCAUCCUCAAAAAAUCAUAGGAACAUUAAUUGUGGAAGGUGCUUGUGGAUGGGCCUGCAGUAAUUACUGAUGUCAGAGGGUGAAGAGAAUAUCGUCUUUGUAAAAGAGGAAGUGAAAAUGUACAAAACUCUCACUUUAAUCUAGAAAUUAUUUUACAUCCCUGCCUCUCUCUCCACAGGGUUAGACAUUAGCAGAAGAAAGCACUAAUAAAGUACAAAUUCAAGACUCUGUAAGCUGUUGGAAAAAUACAGUCUAGCUCUGAGGAAUGUAACUGGUUCUUUUUGCUGCUAAAAGAGUGUGGGCAAAUUCCCAUGUGCACUGAAUCCUUUAGCAUCGUGAAGGAGAUUUGGGAAUGGAUCUCAGUCAAUAUCAAAAGUUAGAGACACUCAGAGCAGAGGGACUAGAAUGGAAGGGUGGAGCAGUGCCUGGUACAAGGGAGCCAGCUAAAGCAGCUGCCCCUGACACUUUUAUCUCUGAGAACUUGUCCUUGCUGGCAGCAGCUGGUUGGAGCAGAGUUUAAGCACAAGCUGCUUUCAGAUGAGAGUAGCCAGCCUGGUAAGCAUCUCUCUGAGCUCAGUUCUGUCAGUUUGUCAAGAUUUAAUCUUGCCCUAAACUUUUGUGGACUUGUCCCAAGUCACAUUAGGAAAGUUACCAGUUCUGGUUUUCUUCUCUUUCCUUUCAGAACAAAACUUCUCAGCUAAUUUUGGUGCCACUUUCCUUCUUCCCCCCCCGAGUAUUUAUUAACCAGCAGGCAGUGAGGUCUGCUCGACUAAAGCAUGCUUUACACUAAUUUUAAAAGUUAAUAUAUUGUCUGAAUCUCUAGCAAAGGGAAAUGUGCUCAAAAUAGAUUUGACAGAAGAUUAAGACAUUCAUUUGCUCUAAAGAAUUACAUCAUACCAUAACCUGUGCUUAGGAUCUGAACCUUCAGGAAUGCCACACUGUUCACAACAUGCACCUUGUACAAAUGGAACUGUUGAGGGAAGUUUAUCUUUUUGUCCUUCCUGAAAACCUUUUAUAGUUUGGAAAACAUUUUUCAUGCACUGUAGACAUUUUAUACAGCUCUACUGUAUAAAAAUGUAGCCCCAGAACAGAAUCUUUGUUUUACCAGAGCAAUUUUAAUCCUGUUUUUAGUUAAGUAUGGGGUGUUUUUAAAGAGUUCCUUUCCCCUUCUUCCAUUUUUUUCUUAUUGUAAAGCUGAAUUGAAAAAUAAAAUGUAAAGAACCUCUUUGAAGACUGCUGUAACACUCAGGUGGUUCCAGGUGCCAGAGACGAGUUUUGGCAUGAAAUGUACCAAAAACUCAGGUUUGAACAAAGCUUCUGCUGUGACCUGAAGCCAUUGUGCCUGUAGCUUGAAGUUCCUUAAGUGUUUGACUUCUUACCAUAAAAUGAUAGAAAUGACUAUACAGGAAGGAUACUGAAGCUUGAAGGUCACUUUAAAAGCCACCUCUUGAAGCAGUGUAGCUCACAACAGGAUGAAGCACCCAGGAGUGCCUCCUCCCCUAGUUUCUACCCAUGACAUAUUGGUGUCUAGCUUUUAGAGGUGGUACAGACAUCCUCCAAGAUACUGAACUGUUACCUUCCCCUGAAAGAAAUGUAGGUGUGUGCCAUCCUUGUUAUUUAUUCAUGUUCAAUAAACCAAUCCCUUAAUAUUUGCUAUUUUAUCCUGCAUUUUCUUACUCGGUAAUAAGUGCUGUAUCCUAGCUGGUUGGGCUGUAGAGAAGAGCCUGCUGGCUACAGUGUGAAGCAACAGCCUAGCAGCAAGUUAUGCUUUCCCAUUUCCAACAUUUGUGCUUCCUACACUUACCUUUGAU